AGAAACAUGAGGUGUGCACUACUACUCAUGACUCAUCUCGCGCUACUACUUGUCUUGAUUCUUGCUUCAGAAAAUCUCACCGCUUCGAGAUCUUCUUGUCCAAGCCACUGUGGAAACAUCUUGAUACCAUAUCCUUUUGGGAUCGGAAAGGGUUGCUACCUCAACGAAUGGUUUGCAAUUCAAUGCAACAAUUCCACUUCUGGAGAGCUUGUCCCCUAUCUACCAAUUAUUAACAAAGAAGUUGUGAAAAUCUCUCUACCGGAUGCAAAUACUCUUUUCAAAACAACCGAGUCAUAUGGGUCACUACGCGUCAAAACCAACAUAACGUCCAUGGGAUGUUCCAACAGCAGCGAUGAAACAAAGUUUGGUGAGCCUUUGAAUUUUACUGGCACCUCGUUUACCAUUAGCCGUUUCAACACCUUCCAAGCUAUUGGCUGCAACUACAAGGCCACCUUGACACAUAUUGAACCCACAGUGGUGGGAUGCAUCUCAACUUGUGAACCAAGAAAGAUAGGAGAUCAUACAAGCUGCCGUGGUAACAAAUGCUGCCAAGUAGACCCACCUAGUGAGAUCGGGCAGGUGGUCGGUAUCAACAUGGAGGAAAUCUCUAGUAACGUAACAAGAAAGAGAGGGUGUCGAGUAGCCUUCUUAACUGACGAAACUCAAGACCCACUAGCGUACCGUGAGGCCAAAGUAACUGAUCCAAAAUGGUUUUAUGAUAGGCAAUAUGCUAUACUACAACUACGGUGGGCCAUUCCGAUGACUAAUCUCUCGUUUAUUAACUCCAUGGGAUGCAAAAUGGGCUACUCCAGCUCUAGCGUUAGUCCUUGCAUAUGCAUGAAUAAUACAAACAAUCAGAUCAGCAGCGUAGGUUGUGCAUGCCACAAGGGUUACACAGGCAACCCAUAUAUUUUGGGUGGAUGUAAAGAUAUUGAUGAGUGCCAACUCGACAAGGGUAAUUAUGAAAAUUGUAGGCAACAAGGAGGCACUUGUGUGAAUACUCAAGGAAGCUACCAGUGCGUAUUCAAGAAGUACAAGACUAUGCCAGUUACUAUGGACUAUGUGUGGGUUUUGGUGUGCUGA